UUACUCAAUCUCCCACAAGGCACCGCGGUGCGAGCAACGUCACUAUCUUGCGACCCAACGUGGAUUUGCUGUAACUUGUAACCCAGCGAUAUGCUCAGCGAUAGCUUUAUCUAGAUUACAAUUAACACAUUUUUAACACUCGACCGCUGCAGCUCCAGCAGUGUAUGUGUCUGAACGCUCUUUUAACCUCCAUUUCCACCAUUUAAGGUUUCCAGAAGAAGUUUUAACGCAGUGUUUUAAGUCUUUCCACGUGUCGCAGCUAGCUAGCUAAUGCUAACGAACCCUGGUUACCCAUAGUUACCCUGGUUACCCUGGUUACCCUGCAUGACAAUGAAGACCCUUGACGACCAAGCAGCCCGCUUCCUCUUAGACGCCUCCUCGCUGUAUAAAGACACAUGUCCGGAGCUGUCACGGUUCUUAAUGCAGUGGCCUGUAAAUGCAACACCGAAGAAGAAAUUCUCCGAUCUGCUGCAGUGCACCUUGGUGUGUCCAUACUGUUAUCAGUGGCUGCAGCCUGACAACCACCGGAUGCGUCUGCAGCCCAAGAAGCGUCCAUCAGCACGGGUGCAGAGUAUCCUGCGCAGGAAGGCCAGGGGCAAGCGACUCAGCCUGCUGCAGAACAAUCUGCUGAAACGCUUCCAAAGGUCCUCUUCUGUACUGAUGGCCACCUGCCACACUUGCAAUAAGACAUCCAGACACAAAGGAAUGAACAGGGAGUUCAUAGCUACCCUCGCUAAGACCCACGGCGCACCAGGGAGCGCUGGCAAGCACAAGACCCCGCAGUUAACCCACAGAGCCGGCUCGGCAACCCCCAAGACUCCUGGCAAAGACAAGACACCUGCUCAUACACCUAGGUCCUCCACCUCUUCCUCUACCACUCCAGGGUCAGGCUCAUCUUCCUCCAAGACUCCUAAAGCUAAAAACUGGGUCGUCCAGCGUCUCAGCAAGAUACUCAUGCGAGAGGACAACCAGGGCAGCAAGAAAGGGGGCUUGAAAGACUUUCUCUCCUCACUUUGAGUAUCUCCCUGUGUAAACUGUAAAAAGCAAGGGGUUAGACCCAUGUUUUACACCAGAAGGCUGAGGGGAAACUUUGGUUUCCGAGCCAGCGUGGGAAGGGUUACAGUUUGCCCACCAACACGGCUAUUGCCGGGCUGUUUGGAAUGGCCCUCCUGUGGUAUCCUGAACGCAACAACUGGGAGCACUGUGCUAGGCUAUUUCAACUAUUAAUCAGGGUUACUGUAUCUUCUGCUGAGCCAGUCGGAGGAGCUUUGUCUAAUUUAGCACAUGCCUCUUAUAAUCUCCUAAACAUGGGGACGUUAUUUUAAGUGGAAUGUUUGGGGAAUUAUUCAGUGUUUAUCAAAUGGCUGAAACAUGGCAGGAAGCCCAGCUGUGUUCUGUGGUGGCGUUUGUGGCAUGACAAGCUGGUUUACAUGCCAAUAUCCUGAACCAUUUAUUUUCUAAAGUUAUAAGUAAACAUUUCUAUGAUACGCAUAUGUAAAACUAUUUCGUAUUCAUAUUAUUUUUGUAUUGGAAUUUAUUUUCUUGCUUUAUUUUUUGUGCCUGUGUAAAUUAAUUUGGCAUUAGCUAAACAUGACCUGAUUGACAAAUGUAUAUAUGUUGUCACAUUUUUGUACAUGCAUGCAAAUGAUUUUGAAACUGUGCACAGUCACCUGUGAAGACAUUUGUAAUUAUCAUCUAAAAUGGGACUCACCAGUUGCUGUUUACAUUGAAUAGGCACAUCUGCCUAAAACCUGUACCAAAAGACUUAUUGACAAUCAUAAUUUCUUUAUAUAUUUUCUUUCGGCUAUAUGUUUUUUGAAAGGUUACUCGUUUCUUCUUUUUGUUAAGAGCAGGGAUUUGAAUAUAUCUACUGCGUUUUGUACUGCCUGAUUACCUCCCUGUUUCCAUUAGCUGUUUAAAUCCAGAAAUACCUCACAUUUGUAUUCCACCUACACCCCGAUUCUCUGAAAUAAAACCUUUUCUGUCUGUGAAACUGA